AUCUGUGCAUAAACCAUAGCAUGGGGGACAACUUCUAGCCCCACCCCCCUUCUCGGACUGUCUUCUCUCCCUCUCCCAUCUCUCCCCUUCCCCAUAAACUUCUCUCACUCUCUCUCUCUCUCUUAUAUUGGUUGCACAUUAGCUGAAAAGCCCAAACUCUUCCCUUCUCUUCUCUUUCCUGAUUUCUAUCUCUGUCUAGCUACACUUCCUACAUCUUCUGCUUAGCUCUUCCUGCCGCCCAACAUGAAUGAUCCCUACUCCUACAUGUACAGAGGAUGGCUUAACUAUAACUCCCUUCGCUAUCAUCACCGCCGCCAGCAACAGUCUGGCUACCCUCUUCUCACUUCUUCUUCUUUGUGUUACAAUUAUCAAUCUGCUGUCACUGUUGCAGAGGCACCAGAGUCCCCACCCCUCAGAGAAGCGCUUCCUUUGCUGAGCUUGAGCCCGAGGAAGGAUGAUGAUGGGAUGCAGAAAGUGCAGGAUACGUCGUCUGUCGUGGAUGAGGCGGACAAGGCGGGGGUGAAGAGCCUCUCCGGCAGCAAUAAUACUGUUGACGAGUGUGAUGAUGAGACGGUGACGGUGGCCCUGCACAUAGGAUUGCCUCUGCCCAGCCAUGGGGAGGCCGCCGACCUUCCCACGCAGGUGACCUCCUCCUCCUCUUCCUCCAACCCUGAAGCCGACAAGGAUGAGGCUGGUGGGUACCCUGCAAACAGGCUGAACAAGGGUCAAUACUGGAUCCCCACUCCUUCUCAGAUCUUGAUUGGCCCUACUCAGUUUGCCUGCCCUGUCUGUUCCAAGACCUUCAACCGCUACAAUAAUAUGCAGAUGCAUAUGUGGGGUCAUGGAUCUCAAUACAGAAAAGGGCCGGAGUCUCUUAGGGGAACACAACCAACAGCCAUGCUGAGGCUUCCUUGCUAUUGCUGCUCUCCUGGGUGCAGGAACAACAUCGAUCAUCCGAGAGCGAAGCCAUUGAAGGACUUCAGGACCUUACAGACACACUACAAGAGGAAGCACGGGAUCAAACCUUUCAUGUGCAGGAAGUGUGGGAAGGCCUUUGCCGUGAGAGGGGACUGGAGAACGCAUGAGAAGAACUGCGGGAAACUGUGGUACUGUGCAUGUGGCUCCGACUUCAAGCACAAACGCUCGCUCAAGGAUCACAUCAAGGCCUUCGGGAACGGCCAUGCUGCUUAUGGUAUAGACAUUUUUGAGGAGGAAGACGAUCCUGCCUCUGAAAUUGAGCAGGACGAUGAUUCUCAGUGAACAUCAGUUCGGCGGAUGCUCGAUCAGGUCUGUGUUGUUCAAACGCUUUGUAAUUACUCAGAUGUAGCGGUUUUCGUCUUCCCGUGUCCAAGUUGAUUUGGCGUAGCUUUUCCUUCAGCUUAAUUUGCGAAAUGAGAGUCAUGGUGAAUGUUAAUUUGUUCUAAUCAUAAGUGCAUCUCUUUCCAUCA